CUAAACCAACAGCCCGAGAACAAUCUUUUUGUCGUCAUGAUGCCGUUUCUGUUUACUAGUAGUAGUUUUAGCAGUUCUACGUUCGACCCGGCAAACAAUAAUCGGAUUAAGAGGUAUCCCAAGCUACAGAAAAAAACUUAUAGACAAUUAAUAAUCUAUCAGCCUUUCACCAGGAGUGACCCAGUUUCAUCUUUCGCGGUCGCAGCAACACCGUCUACUUAAUCACGUAGAGUUGAGCAAUAACAUUAGUUUAAUUGUAAUCAAAAAACAUUAUAAUCAAUAGUAACUACGUUUCAUAUGCUAACGUAACCAAUUUGAAUGAAAUUGAUCGUAUUUGUGACAAUAGUGCAUACCCAGACGACACGCCAUGAAGCAUCAACGAAUUCCAACGUCGCAGCUGCUAUAGGUGCCCGGACGUAAUUCUGACAUCAGCUACAAACUAAAUCGCAGGUAUCGUGCGUUUUUAUCAUCCCACUUAUUUUAGUUUAAGAUUAUGAAAAACAAACAGAAAACCACAAGUGAAUAACAUUUUAGGAUUGUGUAUGGAAAUGUGAGGCUCUAUUGGUAUCCAAUAAGCACAAUACUUCUAUAUGUAAAAAAAAAAACAAAUGCAAUCGUAGUUUAAUGUUAAGAUCACCCUCUCUAUCUUCAUUGCAACUAAGCUGAAACAGCCCAACCUUACCCGGUAUUCUAUAUAUAUUUUCAUCAGCUUAUAUGUGUAAAUCUUUUUCCUAUUGAGGCGAUACGCCCCUCGUCAACCGUUAUGUUUUUAGUAUUCGAUUCUCCUACAAUAAGUUACAUAUACGUUGUAGCGACGCAAACCUACUUAUUUUUAGGUCUCAUGAUGUGUGAUCCAAUAUCAAUCAUUGACAAAAAAAUAUAGAAAAAUAGUGACGGGGUAAGAGACUGUAGCAACAAAAAUUGCAAAUGCAACGAAAGCAAACAUUCUUACGAGUUCAGAAUUCACUAAAAAUGCAAGUCUACAGACACACUAUCACUCUUAACAGUUUAUCGAACACCACUACACUGCAUGAGCUGUGUAUACUUCUAGCGCUGCUACUCGAAUAUGUUGCGCAGUGCGUAUGGGCUUAAGGUUUUGUGUUUCAAUAAAGUACAAUUCACUAUUGGAAUUAAAAAUAAGAUGUUCCCCUUUUUCGUAGUAGAGAAAUAUCCUUGCAUGUAUGGCAAAUGAAAACCCCCUGAAGGCUCUGAAUUUGAUAAACGGACUUAGGUGAUCGAAAGAUGGAAGCAGCAUUUCGACGAGCACCUGAAGUUGUGCUGCUGGAGGAGAAAAUGGCAUAGAUAGUUUACCCAGUCAACCAGUGAUCGUAUAAGAUGUUGAAGUGGAAGCGAUAUGCGUACAUUUUACAUGCGCCUAAAUGAAGGCAUGCACGCAUAUGGCCUCCACUUUAUCAUCUUAUACGAUCACUAAUUAACAGACAAUUGUCUGUUGUACCUCAUUGGUAGUGAGGCGAUAAGUUGCAGUGUGGAAAUUUCCGAACUAGCUACCUAAGUAACCACAAGCGUUAUAUCAUUGCACGAAUUAAACUGAGUAUCAACCUUUGCAAUGCGAAAUGCAGUAAUUCCACACUUGUCAUGCAAUAAUUAUUUAUCUUUUACCAAUGUAUUGAUGCAUUACAUUUUUCUUUACAUUACGGUGCAUUAAAAGGUGAUAUACGAACGAUAGUUCAAUUACUCAACACUGCAAAAACUGUAUAAACGCAAUGUACGAACUAGCAACGGUUGCUCUAACAAUACAAUUGUAAAGGUUGACUCUAAUAUGGUAAACAAAUGAAAUCAAGAAGAGUGAAUAACUUUACGGUCAACUCUAGCGGUCUUCUACACUUCUGAUUUGACUCCCGACCAACUUCAUCCUCGCUUGAACAACCGAUCGGCGACUUUCUUCAGCAAAACCUUUUUAGAGAUGACCUUUUCUCUUUUCUGUUGACUGCUAUCACAUUCCAAUACUUAAUUAUGGAAACCACAAUUAGCAUAUUAGCAGUGUGCGAAGGGUGUUUUAAUUUUCUUAUGUUGAUGAAAUAUCUUCUGCAUCACACCAAUGCAUCAUGAAUUCAUCAUCAGUGAUUUAUCAGAAUGUGAUUACAAUGAUUCUAUUCUAUAUGACAUCCCGAAUAAACCGAUAUGAUACAUCAAUUGAACAGUGUAUCAUUUUCUGAUCAUAUGUGUUAUCGUAUGCCGGAUGAUAAAUCGAUGACAAGACAAAUCAUAUUGAUGAUAGCAGUUAUCAUUUUUGGUGUUAGAUUAAUAGAUUGUAACGAGCACUCAGCUGAGAUAGCAAGGGAAAUCCAUGAAGGUAACUCCUCUCAGGAACAUGAGAUACGGGAGACGGGGCACAGACGGAGUUUAGAUAAGAACGGCAGUAUAAAAUUGAAUGUACGCUUGAAAUGUAUUAAUUCUUCAAUUGUGAAAUAAAAAUCAAAUAGAAAAACUUUCCCGAUUUCAAACAAAAUGUAUGCAUCACAACGUAUGCGUUACAACGUGGGGGCUCAACCGGGAUUUUUCCCAAGCCAUGAAUUUCGAUGUGCACCGAUGAGAUAUCGAACAAACAACUACAGUGCGUGCGGCUUCCAACGGUAUCCAACGAAUAAUUACAGAUCGAACAACAAUCGACGAUGGCAUAACAAUUAUCAUAAACCUUACAUGCCUGUUAUUCGCGCCCCGAGAUUUGAUGGUACUAUUAUUGGUUAUCCCGCACCACAGUUCCUGAAAGAUUUUGAAACAUAUAUAAGCAGCCUCAGACGUAGCUAUUUUGUGCCAAGGUCGUCGUUAAUUGAUAUAUUCCGAUCAUGUUUGGAGAAAGACGGUGCCAUAUGGAUGUCUACGUUUGGCGGCAAAUACCGGAGCUUCGAAGAAUUGACCAACGCUUUUCUGCGACGAUUUUGGAGUACGACUGUCCAGCGGCAUAUCCAAGACCAAUUCCAAUAUGGGACAUAUAAACAACGGGCACAAAGAUCGAAAAUGUCAAAUUACUUCUUAGCCAUUCUACGACGAAUGAUCCACGUUACACAUCCACCAACAGAUUCACAUUUCAUAGAAACGAUUGGCUAUCAUUUCCCUUUCCAUAUCCAGCAGAAGAUCAAUAAAAUGCGCUCCACUGAAGAAGUAUAUUUGUACCUGCUAGAAGAGGAUCGUAUGCGGAAUUAUUGUAUGCAGCUUUAUCUGCAGCGAUGUGAACGUUUGGCAGAGAAUUCAGAGUAUCGGGCAAAUGAAGAUAAUCAAGAAGAGAGCAGUACGAACAACAGUGAGUCUUCGGUAGAACCCACCGCUGGCGAGAACAUCACCGAUCAGAACAGCGUUGAUAGCAGUGGAAUGAGUACAACCAUAGAUGGUACAACUGCCAAAAGAGUAUAUCUUCGCAGUUGUAGCGGGGGGAGAUGUAACGAGCACUCAGCUGAGAUAGCAAGGGAAAUCCAUGAAGGUAACUCCUCUCAGGAACAUGAGAUACGGGAGACGGGGCACAGACGGAGUUUAGAUAAGAACGGCAGUAUAAAAUUGAAUGUACGCUUGAAAUGUAUUAAUUCUUCAAUUGUGAAAUAAAAAUCAAAUAGAAAAACUUUCCCGAUUUCAAACAAAAUGUAUGCAUCACAACGUAUGCGUUACA